AUGUCCUUCUCAAUCUCUUUCGGCGAUGCCUACCUCAUGGGCAAACUGGCCUUCAAGAUCGGCCAGGCCUUCACAAAGGGCAAGAAAUCUGCGCCGGCGGAGUUUCGCGAGGUCGAAUCUCAGCUCUACUCUCUGAGCGCAGCACUGAAUGCCUUUUCUACCGCCCGCGAGUCCAGCACAACAGCGCCUCUGAUCGUCGACCCAUCCGAGCUGCCAGACAAUGUGCCGGCGCACUUUGCCGAAAACCGAGAUAUCAUAUUGGGCAUGCUGCGUAGUUGCCAGGAGACGUUGAGCCACCUGGACGACCUAGUCAAAAAAUAUAGCAUCAUCACGAAACAGGUCGACUCGGCCGAGCCGCGGGCGAAACGAUGGAGCAAGGAGAUGCUGGCAGGCUGGAGGAAGGUGGCUUGGACGACCGAGGGUGGUGAUCUCGGUACCCUCAAGGCCAACCUCACGAUCCAGACGAACAGCCUCAACUUGAUUCUAGGCGUCGUCAUCAACUCUCAGGCCGAUCGUCUGCAAACCGACAUGGACCACAUUUCGACCAUGCUCGGGGACAUUCACGAGUGGUUCGUUGAAAACCUCAAAGGCAAGGCCGCAACGGCACUCGCUUCGACUUUUGGCGUCCAAGAUCCAUCGGUUGUCGGAGCAGCCGUCGUCGUUCCAGGAUCGGGGGAGGAUCAAUCGAGCAGUGCUUCUAAGCCCCUCUACUUUGAGCUUCAUGCACAGUCCGGCCAGAGCUCCAAUGUCAUCUGCGAGAAGGCGUCACUGACAGAAAAAGUCUCGCGGGCCUACUACAGCUCGUCUCUGAGAAAUCACCAGCUGUUUUCCUGCAACUGCUCUUCAUUCGCGGACAAUGUACACCGAUCGUCUGUCGAAGGGUAUGGCGUGUCACCCCUCAGCUUUGCGGCCAGAAUUGCGGGCGGCGAGAGAUCAUGGCUCCUCUACAAAGUGGCCGAUCGUAGGACCGAUCAACUCACGUCUCUCAUUGUCAAAGGGGUGCCGCCAGAAGUCAUGUACGACUUUGAAGAGCUGCUGGUCCACGGUCUCAGCGUCAUCCAGACCAGACAAAUGUUGAAGCGCAGUAUGAGCACGAUGCUUGCGCAUGCCUCAAGUGUGGAUGAAGAAUUGCCCAGAGCGAAUAUUCUGGAUCUGGUGAGCAACCCGACGACACUCCACCGAUCCGUCUCCGCCGUGAGGUUCACCUCUGGAAACGUCCAAUAUGCGCGCGAAAACGUCCAUUUUAUCCAGAUGCUUCACUACAAGUCGAUUGAGCUGAGCCGCAUCCUGGACGAAGUCGUCCUACCGCAGAGCACGUUUGAAGAGAGCCGCAAGGCGGAAAUCGUCAUCACGUAUGGAAAGCAGGACCGGAAGUCGCAAAACGCACCCGCAGACACUUUCGUUCGCUCCAUCCUGCACUGUGAGUUCUCCUCUGGUUCCCCGACGGCCGGUGACGGUGCUAACCCGGCUGCCGCCCAGAUGUGGAAGGAGAUGGAAGCCAUUCGAAUGGACCUCUUUGUCAUUGACUUGCAGAAUCAGCGCGACGACGAAAAGGUGCUUGUGAAGCUGCAAGCGCAGGACGUCCAUACGGAGCGGAUGCUCAUAUGCGACGCUGACAUUUUCAUAUUUCAGAAUGUCAAAACUCGCCGCCUCCGCCUCGUCGUGAAGAGCAAGAAUGGCUACACUGUCGCAGUGGCAGAAGACUUUUUCCAGACUCUGGCCUUCAGGGGUCGUCCUGAUUACAACGCACCGUCGUUCGAGGUCUACAUGGACGCGUCGGGCAAGAGAGUCGUCAAGCGGUGCCCCAGGGGGUUUACCCACCUCGUCUUUUCGGACCACAGGAUUGAGCAGGUCUUCGACAUGGGUCUCGCGGCGAUUGUUGGGCCAAAGCAUGUCAUGGUUGGAUCGCAACCCAUGGAGGGCGUAGUAACCCAGGGUUAG